CGUCUCGUCAUAAUCUAGUUGAUUGAUAAAACGAACUCGUCUCUACUCUGCUACGUGAAGUAGUAGGUACAAAAGGAAGGCUGCGAAGGGAAGAUGGUCAGUGGAGUAGGCAGUCACUGUCUAGCUGGCGUGUUCUGCGCUUGUCAGUGGCUAUUAUUGAAGUGUACCUUCUCUUCUGGCGUAUAUUUCUGCUUGUUCGUCAAUGACGCUCAAGAGUGCGUUUCUCCUUUCGGUUGCGAGUAUAUGGGGCGGGUAUGUGGAGAUCUACACAGGUUUACGGUAGUAGUGUCUGUUGUGUAUAAGCAUGGCAGCGUGGGACUUACUAACAGAGGGCUUAUGCCAUUUAUGAAUCAAAGGAUGUGCAGGCCGGCUUUUGUCACGUCGAACUAUGUUGGCGAAAAUAUGACAUUUGGGUCAGUACUGAGGACAGUCGAAGAGAAAGGAAUGGUGCAACAAGGUUCCCAUCGCGAGCGUCGGGGAGGGUGGUAUGAAUGAUAUCGAGUACCUGACUAUGAGUGGCAUACGUAGUAUCUGCCGAUGCGUACUAGUAGGGAGGAAAAGGUAGCAGGUGCGUGCGCGAGAAAUGUCGAGAGGGGAGAGUGCGAAUGCCAACAGGAGAUAAAAAUUACGCGCGACGCACCCCAGGCCUCAGACCU